AUGUCCGACACAUUCACCAACGGUUCUUCAAGAAUAUCUCACCAGGAGGAGAAGGAACUCCCGGGCGGAUGGGUGGUCCUCAAGUUCGGGGGCACAAGUGUCGGCAAGUUCGCCGUCAAUAUAGCGGAGAUUGUCAAGGCCGGUCUCAGUGAGAAUCGCGUCGCAAUUGUCUGCUCUGCCCGCAGCAACAACACGAAGCUGGAGGGCACCACCAACAGGCUUCUCCGUUCCGCGCGCGAAGCCGAGAUCCCCGGUUCCAAGGGCUACGUCGACAUCGUCGAGGCCAUCCGUACCGACCACAUCCAGGCCGCCGUCGACACCAUCAAGAACCCCGACAUCAUCGCCCAGUACACCGAAGAUGUCAACGCCGAGUGUCACCACCUCUCCAAGAUUCUCGAGUCGGCUCAACACCUGGAGGAGGUCAGCGUUCGCGUCGAGGACAAGAUCAUCAGCAAGGGCGAGAAGCUGAGCUGCCGCUACAUGGCCGCGCUGCUGGAGGAGUACGGCGUGCCGUCGCAGUACGUCGAUCUCUCCAACGUCAUCAACCACAGCCCGGGCCUCAACAAGGCCCUGGACGAGAAGUUCUAUGCCGGCCUGGCAGCGACGCUCGGCGAGGAGCUCAGGUCCUGCGGCGACAAGGUCCCCGUCGUGACGGGCUACUUCGGCAAUGUCCCCGGCGGACUGCUGAAUGCCGUUGGUCGCGGCUACACUGACUUGUGCGCCGCGCUUUGCGCCGUUGGCACCGAGGCCGACGAGCUCCAGAUCUGGAAGGAAGUCGACGGCAUCUUCACCGCGGACCCCCGCAAGGUGCCCACCGCCGCGCUGCUGCCGUCGGUCACGCCUUCCGAGGCGGCCGAACUGACCUUCUACGGCUCCGAGGUCAUCCACCCCUUCACCAUGGAGCAGGUCAUCCGCGCGCGCAUUCCCAUCCGCAUCAAGAACGUCAUGAACCCGCGCAACGCCGGCACCGUCAUCUUCCCCGACUCCCUCGAGGAGCUCAACCAGAAGAGCCCUCUCCACGACCCGAAGCUGUUCCGCACGCGGUCCACCAGCAACGUCACGGCGCUCAAGGGCCCGAAGCGGCCCACGGCCGUCACCAUCAAGCGCGGCAUCGUGGUGCUGAACGUGCACAGCAACCAGCGCACCCGUGCGCCCGGCUUCCUGCGCAACAUCUUCGCCAUCCUGGACAAAUGGAACAUGUCGGUCGACCUGAUCUCGUCGUCGGAGGUGCACGUCUCGCUGGUGCUGCACUCGGAGUCGUCGAUGCUGAUCUACGGCACCGACGCCGAGUACCACAUCGAAGACGAGGAGCUGAGGGGCUGCGUCACCGACCUGAGCGAGAUCGGCACCAUCGACAUUGUCCCGGACAUGGCCAUUGUGAGCUUGGUCGGCAAGCAGCUCAAGAACAUGCUGGGCAUCUCCGGCCGCUUCUUCUCCGUGCUCGGAGACAACCACAUCAACAUCGAGAUGAUCUCGCAAGGUGCCAGCGAGAUCAACAUCUCAUGCGUGAUUGAAGAAAAGGACGCCGACCGCGCCCUCAACGUUGUACAUACGAACCUGUUCACUUUCCUAGACUAG